AUGGCCAAGGUUGCUACAGAUUUCGAAAAGAUCAUCAACGAGGGACGUGAGCGAAAGAAGAACGAAGCCCUUGCCGAUCGCAUCUUCUCAAAGAACCGUCGCCAAAGCGCCCCCUCCAAGCUCAAGUCCGCCCCCGGCCAAUCGCUAGCAAGCCGUGUCGGCGUCAAGAAGCAGCGAACUUCCACCAUAGGCACCCGCUCGACCCAGCCCGCGCCUGGCAAUGUCAACGGAGAAUGGACACACGAUCUGCAUCACUCUGUCUCAGGCGACCUAAGCUCCCGCAUCUCAGCUCCCAAUGCUGCUCAUAAGAGAGCCAACAACCGCCGCGCUGCUCGUCUCUCCGCUGCCGUGGAUCGCAUGGACACUUCUGGCGAUGCGCCACAACAAGUCAACAUCGUGAAAGGCAAGGGCAGCACUGGCAAUGGCAUGGGAAUGACAAUUCGGGGUCUCGCAGGUCCCUUCACUAUUCUGGCACAAAACUUUGCCCCUGGCACCACAGCCGCUGAUAUCGAGAGCGCUAUGACUCCCAUCGGAGGCGAGAUUCUGAGCUGUCGCAUUGUCAAAUCAAACCCAUUCCUCCUCUUCGAGCUAGCCUUUGCAUCGCGCGAGGGUGGUGAGCGAGUAAUCGAGACCUUCAACGAUAAGACUGCCGAUGGUAGAAUCAUCAAGGUCUACCCUAAGCUAGGAGCCCCUUCAAGCAAUACCAUUACGUCCAGCAAUGCGCCAAGAAACGCCCCAAGCGGUCCCCGUGGCACCCGCGGAAAUAAGCCCAACGCUAACGACAACUUUGUUGAUGGCUCAAUGGGUUUCCCUGAUUUAAUGGACACCACUACCACAAACGGCUCAUCAAGGAACAACCAGUUGUAUAGCGAUAAAAUCGUGGGCGGCAACCGACGAGGCCGAGGUGGUCAAAGAGGUCGCGGCGGGCGAUGAUGAACUAUCGCCUGUCUCUUGUUUUUCCUUUAUUGCAUUUGACGAUUACUUCGCAACCUUUUUUGGGACAUGGUCUCUAGAGAACAGACUGGGAGGUACCUAUCAGCAUUAAAAUAGCCGGGCAAUUUCAUGGUGAACCACAACAAGGGGAGCAGUGGGUGUACGAAAUUUUGGGCUGGGCGUUCGGG